UUGAUGGGAUGGAGCCAGCCAACUCCCCCGAGAUUGUGCCCACAGGUGUCCAUCGCCUUCCAGGACCUGGCCGUGCGGUUCUCUGAGGAGGAGUGGCAGCUCCUCGGGGAGAGGCAGAGGGAGCUCUACAGGGAUGUGAUGCAGGAGAACUACCAGGCGCUGGUCUCCCUGGGGACAGCUGACCUGCUCCCCCUCUCUGCCUUCCUGUCUCCCGCGGAGCCUGGAGGAGCCAUGAGCUGUAGCAAAGCUGGUGAGGAACAGGAGCCUCCUAAGGGAGGUGCCCUAGGAGGAGCACCCCAGCACAGCCUGCACCUCACCGCCCUGGUGCAGCUGGUGAAGGAGAUUCCGGGGUUCCUGUUUGGUGAAAUCGGCCCCGAGAGCGGGAGAGCCGGCCUGGAUGGGGAACAGGCGAACCCCGAAGUGGAACACGGCAAGGAAGGGCCGGAAUGGAGCACUUUACCUGCUGGGCUUAAAUCUCGGCUUCCAGUGUCCUCUCCCUUCCCGACAGCAGCUGUGACGGUGGCAACUUGCCCUCUCCAAGGCCUGCCCAGCUGCCUUCCAGACACGCCUGUCCACCAGCCCAGCAGUAGCUCAUCGUCCAGCAGUUCACCCGGAGCCAGGAGGCAGGAAAGCCCCCUCCCCAUCAAAACUGCAGACACCCAGGGGCCUAUGGAGAAGGAAGGCCCUGGAGCCCCAGGUGGGAAGUGCAGUCCUCUCGCCUGUAGCCCCAGCAGAAGGAAGAGCCACAGAAAACAGCAGAGAGGGACUUCAGGAGCAGGUCCCACAGGAACCUCUCCUGGGAGCAGCCCCUUGCAAGGCCUCAUCAACUGCCUGAAGGAAAUCCUUGUGCCUGGGCCCCAGCACCCUGAGGCAUCCUCGAGCUUACCGCCUCCUGUCCCAGGCCUGGGCAUGUCACGACUAACCCGGGUGGAGCUGAGACCUGGGAGCCCACCCUGGGGAGUGAAAACAGAGGCAGCGUCCGGGGAUUGUCCCCUCCAGGGGCUGCUGAAGUGUCUGAAGGAGAUCCCAAUGGCCCAGGACACACACCCCAGCCCUUCAGGAGCAGGGGAACCACGGCUGCAGGAGGAUCCGGGGGCCUGGAAAAGGAAUUCUGGAGGGCCCAAACCCCUCCAGACUCUUCCUUCCUGCUCCGGUGCUGGCGCUGGCCAUGUGCUCUCUGUGAAGAUGGAGGAUGGCUGGGCCCAGAGCCCCCCAGUGCCUGCAUCCUGUCGGCUCCGCAAGCGGACCCACAGACCGUCUGCCACCAGCAGUCCCAGGGGUGAUGGAGACACCAGUGGGGACCAAGUACUCAGAUGGGGCCCCGCAGCGCAAGCCAGCAGUGCCUCGAGCUCACCUCUGGAAGCCCUGGAGGCCUGUCUGAAGGGCAUUCCCCUGAGUGGGUCGUUACCUCCCCAGCCACCGCCGCCGGCCACCUCUUGGUUCCAGAGCCCCCAUCCAGGAGACCCCGGGUCUCAGAGGCCUGAGCUGAGCCCCCGAGGAUCACACAGUCAAGGACUGACUGUGGGGCCUCUUCCGGCUCUGGGCCUGCAGGGCUUCGUCAGAGAUGGCCCUGCCCUCGCCCCAGGUCCCCACAGCACCCCCACCAGCUUCUCCUCAUCCAGCAGUACUGAUGGGGACCUGGAUUUCCAGAACUCUGAGGGCAGCCAGGGACGUAGGCCUGGAAAAGGAAUUCCAGUCCGUAGCGCCCCACUCCAGGGCCUGGAGAAUUGUCUCAGAGAGAUAUCUGUGCCCAGGUCACAGCCUACCUGGUCCUGGUCCUUGGCAGGGGACAGAGAACCACAGAGAGUGGAGCCCAAGAACUGGAUGGCAGACAAGGAAGGACUGAGGAGAGAGGCGUGUGAACCAGUCCACCUCAGGGGGGACGUGCCCACCAGGAGCCUGCAGCCAGCCAGCCCACAGGCACUCACCUCCAGCAGUGUCCCUGCCUGCUGCCAGCGAGGGCUCAAAGACCACGUGGCCACCAGGCCAGGACCAUGGAGGUGGCUCCAGGACGGGACAGCCAGCACGCCCUCCCCACUUCACUGCCUGGAGAACUCUCUGAAGGGGAUCUUGCCGGGGAGGCCCCUGCGCUUCACAUGCUUGGCCCGCCCUGGCCCUGGCCCCGGCCCCAGCCCCGGCACCGGCACCGUCACUGGCUCCAGCUCCAGCUCCAGCCUCAGCAGCUCAGAAGGGGAAGACCCAAGGCUGGAGCCUGAGCUUUGGCAGCCACUCCUGCAGGAGAGGGACCCUCUUCCCAGCAGCAAGAGUCCUGGCCCUCCGACCCCAAGCCCUGGUGAAGGCCCAAGGAGAACAGAGCCCAGGGACCACUUCGGUCUCAGGACAGGCCACCACGCUUCUCAGUCCAAGCCUGACCCAGUGUGACCAGCAGGAAAAGCAGAGGAGAAGACGGGAGGCAGGUCCCAGGUUCCCCGGACAGAAGUGUGCUUGGAGACCCUGGGCCGGCCUAGCCCCCUGGGCAGCACCCAAGGAGGGGCAGCUGGGAGUAUCUGCCCUGCCCCUCGGCCAGAGAAAAGGCCCGGGCCGGGGCCCUGCCAGCCUCCUGGGUCACCCGCUCAGCCCCUGUCCUGGAAGCUCAGGGUUAGUGAAGAAUCCAGGGGGCUGGUGCCUGGACACAGAGGACCAAGUGUUGCAGCCAGGACCGAAGGGAGGCCACUUACCAGAGGCCUGCCUGAACCGCCCCCCACGGCCACCGUCCCGCCUGCUUUGCCACCUGCCUCCCCACGGCUACCGUGUCCCUGUGGAAGUUCUCUGCAGCAGGAGCUCCACAGCCUCAGCGCCACCCUCUCGGAGAAGCUGGAUCAGCUCGCCUCGGCCCUGGCAGGCCUGUCUCAGGAAGUGGCCACCAUGAGGACCCAAGUGGAUCGGCUAGGGAGGUGCCCUAGGGGCCCUGGACCAAAGGGCCGGGCUUCCUGGCCGUGGGCCCUCCCCCGGGGACCUCCCUGGGCUCAUGGCCCUGCUCGAAGACGCCUGCCCUACUGGAGACAGAAGGGCCCUACCAGGCCAAAACCAAAGAUCCUGCGUGGCCAGACGGAAGGCUGCAGGGCUGGCGAGGCCUCAGGCCUCUCCCUUGGGACGCUCCACCUGGUGCCUCAGCUGCCUCCAGGCGCCCCCCAGGCAGAACCUUCUGGAACCAGCUCCAGCCCUUCCCAGCACCCACCAUCCUCAGCAUGCAGCCGUGCUGUGCUCACUGUGCGUCCCCUGCUUGGACACAUUGGGGGCCCCCAGACUCCCCCUGCCCCUUCAGUGCCUGCUGCCUUCCCCCCGCAGAUGGCCUCUCCUGCCACCAGUGCAGAUGCAGAGCCACCAGCUGCAGCAGCUGCUCCAACUGGGCCCCGAAACUGGCCCAAGGACCCAAACCGCUUAUUGGUGGGAGUCCAGAGAGGCUUUGAGGAGGAACUCUGGGAUGGUGGAGAGCAUAGGGACCUGAGGUGGGAGGCCUCUAACCACCUUCAUCAGCUCCGCCCUGAGGAUGCCCUGCCCCUGGCUGCCUCUCCUAGGGGCCAGUCAGCCCCUGCACAUCGUUCAAACCAAACUUUCCCCAUCUCUGGGCUGUGAAGAGCUAGGCAUCUCUCUUGGCCUGACUGCCCCAGACUCCAGGAUGUGUUUGCUCAGGGGGGGCAUUGCUUGGGAUGCACUCCUCAGCCACGCCUCUGUCCUCCUUGGUUCAGGUUCAUUCAGAUGUUGCUCCCUCCCGUCUUUGCCAUCAUAACUGCCACAACUCAGGCAGAUGGUGGCAUAUGCACCUGUGCACAGCACGUGUGCCCGGGCGCUCCAAGUGGCUGCAGAGAGGCUAGGAGAGCCCUUCUGUCUAACACCUUCCUGCGCUCAGUGCUGGGAAAGCAGUGGCUCUCACUUUCCUGCUAAAUACGCAGAGAUUUCAUUUGGAGAGAAUGCCACUCCUUGGUCUAAGUUAGAUUCUAAAACUACAAAGUUAAUUGCUGAGGGAAAGGCCCUUGGCGCCUACAGAAGGGGGCUAGGUGGGUCCACACCAGGGCGUGGCUGACUGGUUUGUGUCAGUACUGGGACAGGUGAGCUUGGCAGACAAGAAUGCUUGUACCCAGACCAGUCUAGGUGGUCCAUGUCCAAUCAGAACCUACAGGAAGUUCAAAUAUUUUUGUGUGUGGAAAAUAAGUAAUAAAGUGAAUGGUAAGAUGCUUCAUCAUCUGCAAUUACAUUUGUCCCACAGGUCCACUGCCAUACCAGAAACUUUCAGUUCACUGAAAGCCUUCUAGAAUCUACAUUGGUAAAAAAUCUGUGCGCAGUUCAGGAUUUUGGGAGUGUGUUCAACCCUUUCACCUACUUUAUGGGGAAAUGUCACUUUGGUGGGAGAAACUGAGGGGCCUUUUUUAACUCAGGAAUUCCAGAGGUCUGGAGGUGGGGGGCAAAGAAGGCUCUAGCUUGGCCUGUCACCAUCCUGGCAAGUAGCCUGGAGGAUGGCUCCUGGCUGACCUGGGCUUGAACUUCCCUUCAUCCUUGCUCCAUCAGCCAUUUGCCAGCAUGAGUCCACUGUAAGGCAGGAAAGGGAAGGUCCUGUUUCAACCUGUCAGAAUCAGAGUGGGAUCCCCAGGGGCUCCAGGCUAGCCCAGAGUGGUCCAGUGGAAGAGAAGCUGCAAUGGGGGUGGGAGGUUGCCACAGUCUUCUGCCUAUGAUACUCCAUGUCAUUGCUGCCUCCAUAAGGAGCUUGGUUCAUUGGCAGACCAGACUUGAUUCAACUGUGUGUGUCUUUGUGAUUUAGAUGUGGCUUCUGUAAACAGCCUAUAGUUGGAUUUUAUUUUUUAAUCCAGCUUGACAAAAUUUCUGUUCUUUCAUUGGAGCCCUGAAUCCAUUUACAUGUAAUAAAAUUUCUAA